AACUCUGGAUCGGUGAGUUGAAACUCCUUGCGUCUAAAAGUUCCUCACCUGUUGACGGAGCCAUAAACUGGCAGCCUUUACCCCAAGUGCUGACUCGUGCCUUUCCUACUUCUGAGCUGACUCAGACGCAGGAAGCCGAGGCCCUUGGGAACUUCCUUGCCUUCGCCGUUCAUCCUCAACCAGCGCAAACCCGAGCCAUUCGAGGUUGCCGAGCAUGAAGCCUACGCUACGCUUGCUGGGCUUUGCCUGGCUGGUGCCCAUCACUUGGGGAUUACGGUGUUCGGAUGGAGAGUACUCACUCGAGGACCGGAAGUGCUGCAAGAAAUGCCCCCCAGGGUCAGGAUUGGAGAAGCGUUGCACGGCCUACGCUGACACCGAUUGUAAACCGUGCGAGGAGAAUUCCUACAAUGACAUGUACACUUAUUCACGAUGCAAACGUUGUACUUUCUGCGAAAAAGAGAGAGGCCUCCAAGAAGAAAAACCUUGCGAUAAGUAUUCGAAUGCCCGUUGCGCCUGUCUUCCUGGCUAUGAAGAGGAAGUCAGAACAGAAGAAAAGAGAUGCGACCCAUGUCGCGAUGGUUUUUUUUCCAAAGGAGGGACCGAUAAAUGCCGACCUUGGAGGAAUGGCACUGCCGAGGGCAAGAAAACUCUCAGCUCCGGGAGACGGGAAGAGGGCUCGAUCUCCGAGGACCAGUCCUCUACACCGGAGAGAUCGACAACCAUCUCCCUUUCCUUCCGUCCAGUCCCAGAGAAGGUCAGGCCAACUACUAGGUCCAUUCCAGAUAGCUUGACCACUCGCCUGAACGAACACAAGCCAGUUGGGUCUGAUCCAGUGUUUGUGUCUUUUUUUGUGGUCGGCGUAGUGUUGUUCCUUGCAGCCGGAGGAUCGGCCCUUUGGUUGUUUCGCCGUAAAUCCAGGAAACGGCACCAAGAACUGGAAGGACUUUAUGGACCUCUCCGUGAGAGGGGAAAGGGUAGCUACCGAAUCCCGAUUCAGGAAGAGCAAACUGACAGCAAAUCCAGUCUCGGGUGAAACAGACGAGGAAAAUUUACAAGUGUCUACAUACUCCAUUGAAGCCAAAUGAAUAGAUGUUGAGAUUUGUUUUUUAUUUGCUUCCUUUUUAUUCUCGACUCAAUUUUCCUUUUUCCUCUUCUACAUGCGUCUUGCUUUCCUUUGAGGUUUUCCCGGCUAGACUGAGUUUAUUUUGAUGUUUAAUUCUGUUUAAUUUUAUUUUGGGUGGUUUUAAAGCAGGCAUGGGCAAAUGAAAUAGGCUGUAACCCUACUGGGAAAUCCCGGUGGGAAAUACAUUUCUAAUGGACAUGUGGUCACAUGCCUACUAAAGCAGGAACAGGCAAACUUGGGCCCUCUGGGUGUUUUGGACUUCAACUCCCACAAUUCCUAACAGCCUCAGGCCCUUUCAUUUCCCUCCUCAGUCGUCUAAGCUUUUAGGAAUUGAAGUCCAUCUGGAGGGCCGAAGUUUGCCCAUGUCUCUUUUAACGUAUGGCAAAGUACAAGAAGAUGACACUGCAAAGUAUUGCGGCGAUAAAGACUUUUUGAAAUGGAUUCUUGUAAUUCUAAUUUCCGAGUGGUUUCCUCUGUAUCGGUGUGUUUAUUUCAGGAGACAAUAUUUUUGUGUAUUAGGGGAGGAGGCACAAUGAGAACCUGCCCACCACUGCCGUGGAGAUACUAUGAGGAUGGCCUUCUCAAAGCUGGAUAAGGGAGAACGUGUUAGACCCAUUUUCUGAGAGUUUUGGAAAGUUCAGUCUCCUUUCCGUUGUUUUCAUCUUUCCAAAAAAUAAAGAUGCGCCACAAAUCCAAAAA